GUUUUCAGUUUAGAUGAGGGGCGGAGCUAAAUCUCCAAACUCUACUACAACUCCAAGAAAAGAAAAGACAAAUUGUUGACUUCAAGUGUCAUGGACAUUGGACACCACCUCCGUACUUGGCCUAUUGAAUCUUUUCAGUCGGCUAUAUAUUUCACCUCACACUCUCCCGAGUUUUCAGCUUUUAAAUCUCAUCUCAUCUCAUCUAUUGAUUCCUUCUGACUUCUUUCUGACACUCUACCAAAUGGUACAAACAAAGAAAUUCAGAGGCGUCCGUCAGCGCCAUUGGGGUUCUUGGGUUUCCGAGAUUCGCCACCCUUUACUGAAGAGAAGGGUAUGGCUAGGGACGUUUGAAACGGCGGAAGAAGCUGCCAGAGCGUAUGAUGAGGCUGCCGUUUUAAUGAGUGGUCGUAAUGCCAAGACAAAUUUCCCGGUUGUCAAAGGCCAAACAUCCGGGGGUGGAGACAGUGACGCAACUCCGGCAACCACCAACUCGCCACCGUCGUCUUCAACCACUACUACUAGUCUCUCAGCGAUACUAAGUGCAAAGCUACGGAAAUGUUGCAAGUCUCCGUCGCCGUCACUCACCUGUCUCCGGCUUGACACGGAAAGUUCUCACAUCGGGGUAUGGCAGAAACGGGCGGGGAUUCAUUCGGAAUCUAACUGGGUCAUGACUGUGGAGCUUGGAAAGAAGAAGGAUAGUGUCGAGAGAGAAGCUGAAGUUGAAGUUGAAAUUCCGAUGGUGGUGGAUACGCCGAUGAUGGCGUCUGGUGGUGGUGGUGGUGAUGAAGAGGAUGCGAUUGCAUUGCAAAUGAUUGAGGAGCUGCUGAAUACAAAUUGAUGGGCCCCACGAGCUGACUAAAAAGAUAAUGAAACUUCCGACGUCAACUCAUGAUCAGUACCAUGCAUCAUCUUCUCUCUUGCAGAAUCCUAGUUUUUGCAAUAAGAAUGAUAUAUCGAAUAGUUUACACUAUAUGAAUUUGCACGUACAUACAUGUGUAUGUGUGUGUAUGCAGUUGCCCGAUUAAAACUAUAGGAGGAGAGGGUAAACAUGUAAAUUAAUAAGUAUUUUUAUCAAGUUGCUUUUACCCUCAUCUGUUAUUUAUGAAUUUUUAUGUUCUAAGCAAGCAGCCUCUUCAAGUCA